UGAAAGACUUUAAAAGUUAUUUGGAUUUUGUCCAUGUUCAUGACCUUGUUGAGCAUUCAAUCUUAUCUGAUACCACCAAGUACAUAGUGAAAAUAAGAUCAUACUUAGUACAACAUAAGAGUGCAGCUAAACUCGCGGAUGUUCAAUGUGCAGAGACUAGAUAAUGCUGACAUCUACGAUAAACCCAAUGCAGGGGAGGAAUGUGCCCCGGACUUUCAUCAAGUUGAUGCAGAAAAUAUUACCCUGCCUGAACAUUUCGAAUCGCGUCAUACAGAUAUGUCUAAUCAUUUUGAGAGGUUUGAUAUUGAAGGGGACGAUGAUACACAAAUGAAUUUUACGCAGCCAGAGGAUGCUCAAAUCCCAAGUACUCCUGUUCCAUCUGCACCUAAAGAACAAGCCCAUAAACCUGAUGAGAUCCCUGACAGAUAUCCAGAGGACCAAGCGAAGCAGCAAUCUAAUGAAGCUGAAGAAGCUUUUGAGCAGCGGCAGGACCAACAAAGGCCAAAGCCAGCUCGACGAAGAGCAAGAAAGGCCGUACGUCUUGCAAUUGAUCACGAGCAAACUGUUAUUUCUGGUGACGUAUAUCAAUCCUGGCUAAAGAAUUCUUCAGAUAUUUCUUCAAGAAAAAGGAAAAAGAGAAAGACUAUGAGUGUCUUAUCUUCUAUGAAGAUAGCUAGAAUCAUGGAGGUUCCUCCGAUUGCAUUAUUAGAAGAAUUGUUCACAAAUGGAAACAAGGAAGUUCACUAUCCAGCACCACUCCUAAAAUUGUGGAUGAGAAGUACCCUACCUCCGCAUGAUUCACCUUCUGGAAAGACCUCUCCACCCUAUCCUCCUGAACCAUCCUACUCAUCUCCAGGCGAAAGGAUGGGUAAUGUGGAGCCUGGUGGAUAUCCUUUCGAACAUUUCCAAGGUGGCAUAGGUUCUCCAUCCAAAGGAAUCUCUAUAGAGAAACAAAGAGCAAAUCUCAACAAUAACGAGAUUCCACCUGAGAUUCUCAUGGAGAACCUCAGAGCCAAUCUGACAAACAUGGGACUGCAUCCAACAGAGGCUGAUGGAGUGAAAGAGACUGAUCACAUGGCCACACCUGGCUCUGGUGAUGAGCCUAGAUCCAUUCCAAGCUCAGGAUCUGGUCAUGGUUUACUAUCACAGAACUCUAUAACGAAUUCAAGGUCCAACAAGAAAAGACCACAUUCUUCAUCGAAGAACAGUAGCAAUGGCCUUCAACCGGUAGCAGAAGAGAAUCCAUGGCACGAUCCCACUCCAAAUUUCAAGUUGACUAGAUUAUCUGAACUAUCAGAAAAUGGUGUUACACAAGACAAUGAGAUAUUAAUGGAAACCGGACCAACACAAACCCAACGCCCAUUCGUUACUCAACCUCUUGACAUGAUGACUGAAACUAUCAGGAAGCAGCUAAAGAGUCAUUUUGACACUCCUGGAUCGGCGGAGACAGAAUGUUUGAAUGAACUAACUCUUGGGUUGACAAAGAAACAAGCAGCAUGUCUCUUUUAUCAGACUUGUGUUCUGGCCACUCGAGACUUCAUAAAAGUCCAACAGGAGGUGCCAUAUGGAAACAUUCUCAUUUCCAGAGGUGCAAAGAUGUGAUCACGGAUAAAUCAAGAAGAUGCUAAACCCUCACAAGUCAUGUAGGUUCAUCUAUUGCUAUGGCUGAAUCAGUUCGUCUUUCAGUUAAUGUAUUGGAGAGCUCAGGCACAGGUUUAUAGCUCGAAUUAUUUGGAGGAAGUAUUUUUAUUGGUUAACCUAUCUUGUGUUUAAUCGUACAAACCUAGUUAUCUCCAAGAGAAUAUAUUUAGUAUAUGACUGGUCAUUCAGAUAAUAGCUAAUUGCAUAUUUUGCAAUAACUUUUUGUCAAAACCAAGUAUCAACAGUGUUCACCAUUGGAAACAUCGAAAUGGUCGCAACAACU